CAUAGCAUUAGGAAUCUCAAAUGAAGGUUUUACGAAGAAUUUCAUAGCAUUAAAUAUCAUCAAUUUUGCUGACAUGUCAAGAAAAAAAAAGUUGGAGUUCCAUAAGAUGUGAGGAUAAUUUUAUAACCAUGAAAUUCAUUAUCUAAUUUUCAGUCUAGAUAUCCGUGUCAUGAAAUUGUACACCGAGACUGGCCUGACCUUGCUGACCCACCCGAUCAUCCGGAAAGCGCAUCGCCUUUCUUCGUCCCCUUUUCCUCUCUUUCAUCUGGCAUGCCGCCUCUCAGUGCCGUGACCGUGAGGCUUCAGCUGCGCGCCGUGCACGCGGCGGCGGUAGACGAUGGGUGCGCCUUCUUCUCUGCACUUCCCGUGCCCGGAACACCUGCAGACUUGCAGAGAGAACGAACAAAGAAACAAAAAAACAAACGAGCCGCCAGAUCCUCCCGGCUCGCGGUUUCAGUUCAGACAAAAAGGCCGGCCGUCGCCGACAAGCCUUCCGACCUGCGCUGCGCACGCCACGGCUGCCCCGGCCUGCCAGUUGACGCGCACUGCCCUAUUAAGCGCACGCCAGCCACUUGCUGCCCGGUCGCCUUGUACGCUUGUGCAGUAGCAUCGGCACGCUCCCCGCGGGGCGAUGGGGCCGUCGACGGCGGCAGCCGCGCGCGCGCGCGCCGCCUUCCUCCUCCUCGUCGUCCUCCUCGCCGUCCCGUGGCCCGGUGCGGCCGCGCAGGCCGGGUACCGCGUGGUGUCGGUGGCCGGGGCGGGGGGCCAGCUGUCCGCGCGGCUGGAGCUCGCCGGCGAUGGCGAGAAGGCCGAGCUCGGGCCCGACGUCCAGAGGCUCAGCCUAACCGCCAGGCUUGAGACGAGCAGCCGGCUACACGUCCGCAUCACCGACGCCGACCACCCGCGGUGGGAGGUCCCCCAGGACGUGAUCCCCCGCGAGGCGCCCCGGCAAGUCCAACUCGACGCGAGCACGGGCGCGUCGCCGCGCAGCCGCGUCCUCUCGGCGGCGACCUCCGACCUCACCUUCACCCUCCACGCCUCCCCGUUCCGCUUCACCGUGUCCCGCCGCUCCACGGGGGACGUCCUCUUCGACGCCUCCCCGGGCCUCGCCUUCAAGGACCGGUACCUGGAGCUGACCACGGCGCUCCCCGCCGGCCGGGCGUCGCUCUACGGGCUGGGCGAGCACACCAAGCGCACGUUCCGGCUGCAGCGCAACGACACGUUCACGCUCUGGAACGCCGACAUCGCCGCCUCCAACGUCGACCUCAACCUCUACGGCUCGCACCCGUUCUACCUCGACGUGCGCUCGGCGUCGUCCCCCGGCGGCGCCGGCGCCGGGGCCGGCGCGGCGCACGGGGUGCUCCUGCUCAACAGCAACGGCAUGGACAUCGAGUACGGCGGGUCCUACCUCACCUACAAGGUCAUCGGCGGCGUGCUCGACUUCUACUUCUUCGCCGGCCCCGCCCCGCUCGACGUCGUCGACCAGUACACCCAGCUCAUCGGCCGCCCGGCCCCCAUGCCGUACUGGUCCUUCGGGUUCCACCAGUGCAGGUACGGGUACAAGAACCUUGCCGACCUGGAAGGCGUGGUCGCCGGCUACGCCAAGGCCAGGAUCCCGCUGGAGGUGAUGUGGACGGACAUCGACUACAUGGACGCCUUCAAGGACUUCACCCUGGACCCGGUGAACUUCCCGGCCGGCCCGAUGCGGCAGUUCGUCGACCGCCUUCACCGGAACGGCCAGAAAUACGUUGUCAUCCUCGACCCAGGGAUCAACGUGAACGAGACGUACGGGACGUUCAUCCGCGGGAUGCAGCAGGACGUGUUCCUGAAGCGGAACGGCACCAACUACCUCGGCAAGGUGUGGCCGGGAAAUGUCUACUUCCCGGACUUCCUCAACCCGCGCGCCGCCAGGUUCUGGGCGCGGGAGAUCACCCUGUUCCGGCGGACGCUCCCCGUCGACGGGCUCUGGAUCGACAUGAACGAGAUCUCCAACUUCGUCGACCCGCCCCCGCUGAACGCGCUUGACGACCCGCCGUACCGCAUCAACAACUCCGGCGUGCGCCGCCCCAUCAACAACAAGACCGUGCCGGCGUCCGCGGCGCACUACGGCGGCGUGCGCGAGUACGACGCGCACAACCUCUACGGCUUCCUCGAGGCGCGCGCCACGCACGGCGCGCUGCUCGCCGACACCGGCCGCCGCCCCUUCGUGCUCAGCCGGUCCACCUUCGUGGGCUCCGGCCGGUACACCGCGCACUGGACCGGCGACAACGCGGCGACGUGGGCCGACCUCCGGUACUCCAUCAACACCAUGCUCAGCUUCGGGCUCUUCGGCAUCCCCAUGGUCGGCGCCGACAUCUGCGGCUUCGGCGGCAACACCACCGAGGAGCUCUGCAGCCGCUGGAUUCAGCUUGGCGCCUUCUACCCGUUCUCGAGGGACCACUCGGCGAUCGGCACCGUCCGGCGAGAGCUCUACCUGUGGGAGUCGGUGGCGCGGUCGGCGAGGAAGGCGCUCGGCCUGCGCUACCGGCUGCUGCCGUACAUCUACACGCUGAUGCACGAGGCGCACACGACGGGGGCGCCCAUCGCGCGGCCGCUCUUCUUCUCCUACCCCAAGGACGUCGACACCUACGGGGUGGACCGGCAGUUCCUGCUCGGCCGCGGCGUGCUCGUGUCGCCGGUGCUCGAGCCGGGCGCCACCACCGUCGACGCCUACUUCCCCGCCGGCCGGUGGUUCAGCCUCUUCGACUACUCGCUCGCCGUCGCCUCGGCGGCCGGCAGGCGCGUGACGCUCCCGGCCCCCGCGGACACGGUGAACGUGCACGUCGCCGGCGGCAACAUCCUGCCGCUGCAGCGGCCGGCGCUGACCACGGCGCGCGCGCGCCAGACCGUGUUCCACCUCCUGGUCGCGCUCGGCGAGGACGGAUCCGCGGCCGGGGAGCUGUUCCUGGACGACGGCGAGUCGCCGGAGAUGGCCGGGCCGCGGGGCCAGUGGACCCUGGUACGGUUCAGCUGCGAGACGGGGCGCGGCGGCGCCACGGUGAGGUCGCACGUGGUGCACGACUCGUACGGCCCGAGCCGGAAGCUGGUCAUCGGCAAGGUGGUGUUCCUGGGCCUGCGUUCGCCGGCGCCGCCGAGGGGGUUCGCCGUGUACGUCAACAGCGUCAAGGCGGCCAACUCGACCGGCCGCGCCCAGGGGUACCGGCCGGGGAGCGGGGAGCUAGGCGCCGCUCACGUGGAGGGGUUGUCGCUGGCCGUCGGCAAGGAGUUCGAGCUCAAGGUCGUCAUGUCGUAACAUGGGAUUGGAGCUCUGAAAGUGAAAUGGUGCGAAUGCUCUGAAUAAAAACUGAUCAUCAGAAGAUUAAACUUGAAAUAAAUGGCAUCUCAAUCAACAUUGCCAUGCGAUGA